AUGUUCGAUAGGGCACUCUGUGAUUUGGGGGCGAGCAUCAACUUACUGCCAUUAUCCUUGGUAAAGAAGCUGCAAAUCAAUGAGAUAAUGCCCACAUAUGUGGUCAUCAGACUGGCUGACAAAACUCAAAAGCAAGCAAUAGGAGUGGUGGAAAAUGUGUUGCUAAAGGUUGGGAAAUACUUUCUCCCAACAGACUUUGUCAUCCUGGACAUGGAAGAGAGUCACACUCACCCAAUCAUAUUGGGAAGACCCUUCCUAGCUACAGCCAGAGCACUCAUAGAUGUGGAGCAAGGGGAGCUAAUAUUGAGGAUCCAUGAUGAACGACUCAGCUUUAAUAUCUUCAAAUUCUCACAAGAAGCAGACCAAGAGGACAAGGAACCAAGCAAAGAUCAUAAUGAGAUGUUGAGGAGGAAGCAAGCACUGAAGCACACCCAACCUAUCUGGAGACCCCUUUGGUUGAUAAACAAGGGAAACAGCAACCACCACAGCUCAAGGAAAAGUUGGAAGAACCUAAACCUCUAG